AUGAAAUUAGAAAAUUGCUGUACAAAUGAAUGCCUCCAAGGUUAUAUACAAAGAUUAGAGAUGGAUGUUGCUAGAGCUCAAACUAUUUUGGAUGUUUACAAGUCACUUAAAGUUCCAGAAGAUACUAAAUUUAAUUUUGGAGAUGUAAUCUUAUAUUACCAAGAGCUAUAUGAUUUAUAG